UAAUUUCUUCUUUCACACCCAUGUAAUUGCCCCUACACAAGGCUGACUUUGUUGUGGUUCAGUCGUGUAUGUAAGAGCGAGGUUUCACGUCGCUCACUUUUAGCUCUGCGAUCAGAGAUCGCUCGAUUCUAUCGUAAAGCAGCAGUUUCAGCGCGAAACAGUCCUCUGGCGCACUUCACAGACAUGGCAGCCGCGACCGUGGCUGAAGCGGACCCGGUGGAGAGCGAUGGAGCUGCCGCUUCCUUUCCGGAUCUACGCGAUCCAGGUUGGAAUGAUUCGCAGCUUCGGCAGUAUACUUUUCAAACAAGACAGAUACCACGACUUUCGCACAUGGAUCCACGCGCCGAGAUGUUAAUAAAUAACGAGGAGCCUGUUGUGUUAACAGACACAAGCUUGGUAUACCCCGCUCUGAAAUGGGACAUACCCUACUUGCAAGAGAACAUUGGCAAUGGGGACUUCUCUGUUUACAUAGCAGAAAAUCACAAAUUCUUGUAUUAUGACGAGAAGAAAAUGGUGAACUUUGAGGACUUUGUGCCCAAGUCUCGUCGAGUAGAAAUGAAAUUUUCAGAGUUUGUGGACAAGAUGCAUCAAACAGAAGAGCAAGGUGGAAAAGAAAGGGUGUACUUGCAGCAAACUCUGAAUGAUACUGUAGGCCGAAAAAUAGUGGUGGAUUUCCUUGGAUUCAAUUGGAACUGGAUUAACAAACAGCAAGCUAAACGAAACUGGGGACCUCUGACCUCAAAUCUAUUGCUCAUCGGAAUGGAAGGCAACGUGACACCGGCACACUAUGAUGAGCAACAGAAUUUCUUUGCACAAGUUAAAGGAUAUAAGAGGUGCAUCCUCUUUCCUCCUGAUCAGUUCGACUGCCUCUAUCCAUACCCUGUUCAUCAUCCAUGUGACAGACAGAGUCAGGUUGAUUUUGAAAAUCCUGAUUUUGACAAGUUUCCUCAUUUCAAAAACGCCGUUGGAUAUGAGGCGGUUUUGGGACCUGGUGAUGUUCUAUAUAUCCCAAUGUAUUGGUGGCAUCACAUAGAGUCCCUGUUAAAUGGAGGAGUAACCAUCACAGUGAACUUCUGGUACAAGGGUGCACCGACUCCAAAGAGGAUAGAGUACCCAUUGAAAGCUCAUCAGAAGGUGGCCAUUAUGAGAAACAUAGAGAAGAUGUUGGGAGAGGCCUUGGGGGACCCGCAUGAGGUUGGUCCAUUGCUGAACAUGAUGAUCAAGGGCAGAUAUGAUCAUGGGCUGAGUUAAUGGCCUGACCUGAACCUCUUUAGUCAGCUGCUAGAACAGUCUGUUUAUACGUAUGUGUGGAUACAAGUAUGCUUGUGUGUGUAUAUUCAGACUCUCAGACUCCAGUGCAUGGCAGUAUUUUGGCUGUUAUAAUGGCAGUCUGCCUUUUGUCUGCUUUUAUUUACUGGGCCUGUUAUCAUUAGUUGGGUGUUGGUGUAAGGAGAUUACCACUAGUGAGACGUCUUUAUUUGAUCUCUCCUUUAUAAAAUCCCUUAUCCAUUUGUGUGAAGCAUUACAUACUAAUAGUCUAAUGCAUUAGCAGAACCUGUAAAGCACUUUUGACACCACCCAGAGCGCCUGUUGUCAGUUUUUGUCCCAUGUUGGGAAGAAGAAGGUGCCAUAUAACAUGAUUAAACUCCUGUGGUUCUGAGUUGGCGAGAUGAAAUUGGCAGAGUGCCUCGAGCAUAUCCACCAAGGAGGUUCAUUAACAACUUGAAACCUACAGUUGUUCCAUUGAACUGUUUUGAACUGUCGAUGCAAAAUUUUUUUAGAAACCGUAAUGACGGUGCUUGCUUUUCUCUCAAUGUUUCUGUUAGGACAGAGGUAAUGCAAAAUGCAACAGACAGCCGAACUAUGUUUUUAAACAGAAGUAAUUUUCUGAUCCUUUCGUACCCGACUCACUUUAUUAAAUUUUGCAAUUGUAAAGGCAUUUGUGAUGAUUUUUGUCUUUUCUUUUUUGCUUCAGUUUCUUGGUUUUCAUGUACAUGGUACAAUUUCAGCCAGGAUUUUAAUUCUUUUUUUGCCAACUGUCUCUAUCAAAUGUUACUUGUAAUUACAUUUAUUUUGAUUUGAACUUGUAAAAUUCUGAUUUUAUUAAAAUUAUUGUCUUUUUAGGAGAUAAUUUCUGUGUGGUAUAAAGCUGAACGUUUUAUUACAUAUGUUCAGGGAAACAAAAGAAGCAACACGCUGGUAUAUGACUUGCAUUGUGCCAAAAUCGUCCUCUGUACAUGUUGGUAUCAUACCUGUGUUAAGUGUGGUUUGCUUCAGAAUCAGUUGAGGUCAGUUAAACUGCCUUUAUAUUGCUUGUAACAUCUUCACAUUUGAUUGUGACAAUGUCAAAGUGUUCCUGUGUUUAUCAUGAUUGUAGACAUCUACCAAUCAUAUACCAACUCAUAUUACUGGAUAAACUAAGGUUAAAUAAAUAAACCGUAGCGCAGGACAUUCUGGGAA